GCUCAGAAGCGAUGCAUUUUGGGUAUCAAGGCCAAUGUAAACGUUAGCGCUUCCAAUUACAAGAAGUUGAAAUAUGAAGCGGGUGUUCUCCCUUUCAGAGAAGGCUUGGCAAGGCUCAGCUUUGUUGUACAGGUGGCAAAGAACUUUGGGGAAUUAUCUUGCAGUCGCUGGAGCGGACCAAGUGGUGAAGAUCUUUGACAGACAUGGACAAAAGAAGGAUGAAAUUAAUCUUCCAGGGAAUUGUGUCGCCAUGGACUGGGACAAAGAUGGAGAUGUACUUGCAGUAAUUGCUGAGAAAUCUAGUUCCAUCUACUUGUGGGAUGCCAAUACACUCAAAAGCAGCCAACUGGAGAGUGGGAUUAGAGAUCAGAUGUCUUUUCUUCUGUGGUCAAAAGUUGGAAGUUUGCUAGCUGUCGGCACUUCUAAGGGGAACCUUCUGAUUUAUAAUCAGCAGACUUCACGCAAGAUUCCAGUUUUAGGAAAGCACACAAAGAAGAUUACUUGCGGCUGCUGGAGUUCUCAAAAUUUACUUGCCCUCGGGAGUGAAGAUAAGAUGAUUACUGUGAGCAAUCAUGAAGGAGACACAGUUAGACAGGCUACAGUUCGGGCAGAACCCAGUGAAAUCCAGUUUUCACUGAUGAAGACGGAUGAAAGGGCCACUUCAGGAGAAAGUACUGUCAGUGUUGUAGUUGGAAAGAAGACCUUGUUUCUCUUGAAUCUGAAUGACCCUGAUAACCCAAUCGAACUGGCAUUUCAACAGCGUUAUGGCAAUAUAAUGUCCUACAAAUGGUAUGGAGAUGGGUACAUCAUGAUUGGAUUUUCUCAAGGCUACUUUGUUGUCAUUUCUACCCAUAUUCGUGAAAUUGGUCAAGAACUCUUUCAAGCACACAAUCAUAAAGACAGCCUUACAAGCAUUGCCAUUUCACAGUCCCUCAACAAAGCAGCAUCUUGUGGUGAUAACUCUAUAAAAAUCCAUGACUUAUCUGAGCUGAAGGAAAUGUAUGCAAUAAUCAAUCUAGAUGAUGAAACCAAAGGUCUACAUUACUUGUCAUGGACGGAUGAUGGACAGUUGCUUGCUGUUUCUACAAUGAGAGGGACACUUCAUGUUUUCUUAACAAAACUUCCCAUUUUAGGAGACACCUGUGGAACACGUUUGGCAUAUCUCACGUCACUGCUGGAAGUUACUGUCGCCAAUAAUGUUGAUGGGGAUCUUCCAAUUACAGUAUCAGUAGAGGUAGAGCCUAAUUUCAUUGCUGUUGGCCCUUACCAUAUUACUGUUGGAAUGAACAACCGGGCCUGGUUCUAUGGCAUUGGUGAAAAGGGUGUGAAAAAGCUUAAAGAUAUGGAAUACCUUGGAACUGUGGCCAGUAUGUGCCUUAACUCCGAUUAUGCAGCCGCACUCUUUGAGGGAAAGGUUCAGUUGCAUAUGAUUGAGAGUGAAAAUUCAGAAACUCAGGAGGAGCGAGAAACCAGACUGUUCCCAGGGCGAGAUGAUAAGUGUCGAAUUCUCUGCCAUGCAUUAACUGCAGACUUCCUUUUUUAUGGAACUGAUACAGGUAUGAUUCUGUGUUUUUACAUUGAAGACUGGCAGAUUGUGGAUGAAUUCAAACAUUCAGUGGGCAUCAGAAAGAUCUUUCCUGAUCCAAAUGGAACCCGACUGGUGUUCAUUGAUGACAAGAGUGAUGGUUUUGUGUAUUGCCCAGUCCAUGACUCUCUGUUUGAAAUUCCCAACUUUUCUCCAACCAUCAAAGGCAUUUUAUGGGAAAACUGGCCUAUGGAUAAAGGCGUGUUUAUUGCUUUUGAUGAUGAUAAAGUAUAUACUUACGUAUUCCAUAAAGACACAGUUCAAGGCUCAAAAGUAAUCCUUGCUGGAGGCACUAAGCUGCCAUACUCUCAUAAGCCGUUGCUGUUGUAUAAUGGAGAGCUGACUUGUCAGACGCAGAGCGGUAAAUGCAAUACCAUCACCUUAAAUACUCAUACCUUCUUGAACACAAAUAACGAGACUCCCAUCAGUGAUUUGACACGAAUGCUAACUCAAGCUCUGAUGCUCAAAAGAUUUUCCGAGGCCUGGGAGUUGUGCAAGAUGGUAAAUGAUCAGACAUCCUGGAAUGAACUAGGCAGAGCCUGCCUUCAUCACAUGGAAGUGGAGUUUGCAAUUCGAGUCUACAGAAUGACUGGGAACGUCGGGAUGGUUUUGUCUCUAGAGCCAAUUAAAGGAAUUGAAGAUCAGAAACUUUUGGCAGGACACCUUGCUAUGUUUCUCAAUGACUUUAACCAGGCCCAAGACCUGUAUCUUGCAUCGAGCAGCCCUAUUGCAGCUUUAGAGAUGAGAAGAGACCUUCAACAUUGGGACAGUGCUCUACAGUUGGCUAAACGACUGGCUCCCGCUCAGAUUCCCUUUAUCUCUAAAGAGUAUGCUAUCCAGCUGGAGUUCACUGGAGACUACGUGAAUGCCUUAGCCCAUUACGAAAAAGGAAUAACAAAUGACAAUAAGUUUCAAGAACAUGAUGAGGCGUGUCUUGCUGGAGUAGCAAGAAUGUCAAUCAGAAUGGGAGACAUUCGCAGAGGAGCAAAUCAGGCCAUCAAACAUCCCAGCAGAGUCCUAAAGAAAGACUGUGGGGCAAUACUGGAGAGUAUGAAGCAAUUUUCUGAAGCUGCUCAGCUGUAUGAGAAGGGCCAGUAUUAUGACAAAGCUGCAUCAGUGUACAUCCGUUGCAAAAACUGGGCGAAAGUUGGUGAGCUUCUUCCAAAUGUGACUUCACCAAAAAUUCAUCUGCAGUAUGCCAAAGCGAAGGAGGCAGAUGGCAGGUAUAAAGAAGCUGCAAUGGCAUAUGAAAAUGCAAAAGACUGGGACAACGUCAUUCGAAUACACCUGGAUCACCUGAACAACCCAGAAGAAGCUGUGCGAGUUGUCAGAGAUACUCAGUCAAUUGAAGGGGCCAAGAUGGUAGCAAGGUUUUUCUUGCGUUUAAGUGACUAUGGAUCAGCAAUCCAGUUUUUGGUUAUGUCAAAAUGUAAUGAUGAAGCAUUUCAGCUUGCUCAACAACACAGUCAGAUGGAGAUUUAUGCAGAUAUCAUUGGGUCUGACGCUACUACUGAGGACUAUCAGAGCAUUGCACUGUAUUUUGAAGGAGAAAAGAAACACUUUUUGGCGGGGAAGUUUUUUCUGCUUUGUGGUCAAUACGCAAGGGCACUAAAACACUUUCUUAAAACCCCAAAUACUGAAGAUAACAUGGCAAUUGAAAUGGCAAUAGAAACGGUUGGACAAGCAAGAGAUGAAUCCCUGACCAAUCAGCUUAUUGAUUAUUUGAUGGGCGAAAGUGAUGGAAUGCCAAAGGAUGCAAAGUACUUGUUUCGGUUGUAUAUGGCUUUGAAGCAGUACCGAGCAGCUGCAAGGACGGCAAUUAUAAUCGCACGGGAGGAGCAAUCCGCAGGAAACUAUCGAAAUGCCCAUGAUGUUCUGUUUAGUAUGUAUGCAGAACUGCAAACACAAAAGAUUAAGAUUCCAGCUGAGAUGGCUACCAAUUUAAUGAUCCUUCACAGCUACAUACUGGUCAAGAUACAUGUGAAGCGAGGUGACCAUCUGAAGGGGGCACGCAUGUUAAUCAGAGUUUCUAACAACAUCAGCAAAUUUCCAUCACAUAUUGUUCCAAUCCUAACAUCGGCUGUAAUUGAGUGCCACCGAGCUGGUUUAAAGAAUUCUGCAUUCAGCUUUGCAGCCAUGUUGAUGCGCCCUGAAUACAGGAACAAAAUAGACCUGAAGUAUAAGAAGAAGAUUGAAGCAAUGGUUAGGCGUCCUGACACAGCAGAGUUGGAGGAGGAAACAACACCAUGUCCAUACUGUGGCUUCAAGCUCCCAGAAACUGAACUUCUCUGUCCAGGCUGCAAAAACAGUCUGCCUUACUGCAUUGCAACAGGUCGCCACAUGAAUAAAGAAGAUUGGACAAGUUGCCCCAAAUGUCAUUUCCCCGCUCUGUUCAGUGAGUUCAGAUUAUUGCUGGAGAGUGAAUCGACAUGUCCCAUGUGUUCAGACAGCGUAUCUGCGGCCCACCUUACCAAAAUCAUGGACUGCACACCUUACCUGAAACCUGAAGAUGUCGAGCAAUAAGCAGUGUGUCCUGCCAGCAGGAUGACAUCCAUAAUCAUUGAAGGCAGCUGUCGACACUUUGGAACUCUGGGAAGUAAAAAUGUAUUCCUUAUUCUUCAGACUGAUUUUCUGUAAAUAUUUUUUAACACAAAA